AUGAGUGGAUACGAUAGUGCUUUAUCCAUUUUCUCGCCUGAUGGAUACGUUUUCCAAGUAGAAUAUGCCUCUGAGGCCGUUAAAAGAGGGACCUGUGCCGUCGGUGUCAAGGGUAAAGAAAUUGUGGUGUUAGGGUGUGAAAAGAGAACUACAUUGAAGUUGCAGGACCCAAGGAUUACUCCAUCCAAGAUUUGCAAAGUCGACAACCACUGUCUCUUGGCGUUUGCCGGAUUGAACGCUGAUGCCAGAAUCUUGGUCGACAAGGCCAGAGUGGAAGCGCAGUCUCACAAGUUGACAUUGGAAGACUCGGUUUCCAUUGAGUAUUUGACCAAGUACGUAGCAGGAGUGCAGCAGAGAUACACACAGUCCGGUGGAGUUAGACCAUUUGGUAUUGCAUGCUUAAUUGCUGGUUUUGAUAGCAAUGACAAGGUACCUAAGUUGUACCAAACCGAGCCUCUGGGGGUGUUUAACGCUUGGAAGGCCAAUGCUAUCGGCAGAUCAUCCAAAACUGUCAGAGAGUUCUUGGAAAAGCACUACGAACAAGAUAUGAGCGACGAAAAGACCAUAAAAUUGACCAUCAAGUCGUUGUUGGAAGUUGUUCAGACAGGUGCAAAGAAUAUUGAGAUAUCUGUCAUGAAGGCGGGAGAUGCUAACAUUUCCAAGCUUACCGUGGAAGAGAUCAAGAAGUAUGUUGAUGAAAUAGAGGCUGAAGAUGAGGCCGAGGCGGAAAAGAAGAAGCCAAAGACGAGAGCGUGA